UUGAUUGCAGGUAUAAUGCAAUGGCUGUUCAAACACUUGAUGUCGGAGUUACUGAUGCCCUUCUCSCCUUCUGGGCAGUGUGGUGUGAACUUCCUGGUUCUCAAAACUGCACUGAUGUCUCUUGUUCUCCUCCUUUCUUGUUUUUACCUUUCCUAUGCAGUCCAAGUAUCAGCAGUAGAGGUCAACACGCCGGAGGAGAUGUUUGUGGAGAACGGGACGGACGCAAAGCUCCCAUGCACAUUCACAUCUGUAGAAGUGAUCAGCAGUGCAGCAUCUGUCUCCUGGAGCUUUCARCCAGAGGGAGCAGCCACUCGUAUCUCCUUUUUCUAUUACUCUAAUGGAAAGUCAUACCCUGGAAAGGACAUACCAUUUAAAGACAGGAUCACUUGGGCUGGAGAUCUUAACAAGAAAGAUGCUUCUAUCACUAUAUCAAACAUGCAGUUCCGGGACAACGGCACGUACAUUUGCGAUGUCAAGAACCCACCUGACAUUGUUGUCAAACCAGGAGAAAUCCGAGUUAGAGUUGUGGAGAAAGACAGCCUGCCUGCGUUCCCCAUUGCCACCGUGGCAGGGAUAGCCAUCGGUACGGUUACAGGUCUCUCAUCGCUCAUCUCUAUUGUCGUGUGUCUUGUCAUCAGAAAGAACAACUCUAAAAAACGAUACUCUGGCUGCAGUACCUCUGAGAGCUUGAUGUCUCCGGUUAAGCAGGCUCCGCAGAAGGCGCCCUCCGACACAGAGGGCCUGGUAAACAGCGUGCCCGCCAGAUCACACCAGGGCCCAGUCAUUUACGCGCAGUUAGAUCACUCCGGGGGACAGCACAGCGACAAGAUCAACAAGUCAGAGUCUGUGGUCUACGCCGACAUUCGGAAGAACUGAGAUCCUCAGCUAUCCAAAGGACAACAAACAUUCAGACUGGAAUUGCUUGAGCAAGAUUUGACCCAGAGAACUCACAUGUGGCCUUUGAUGCCUAGGCUAGGACCAAUGCAUGUGCAUACAGAGGGAGAGAUAUAUAUGUAUUGUGUGUAAAUAGUCUAUUUAAUCGUACAGAAGUGAGACCAAUGUUGCAUGUUCAAAUGCGGUAAGAAUUUGCUUAUAAAUUGCCAAUAUUCUUUUUUUUUUGUAUCUUGUGUGACGAGAGAGAAAGUGAAAACUCGCAUCACAAUUUUAAAAUAUUUUUAUCUUGAUUAUUAAUGGAGAAACUGGAAGAUGCCUGAAGAUUCUAAAUUGACCUGGAGAUUCUUUUUUCUUUGCUUAUAGGGCCUAAUUUCUUUUGUUGAGGUGACUAUAAAGAAGACAUCUUCUUUAUAUUCAGAAUUCUUUAUGUAUACAGGGUAUUUAUCUUUCCUUGGUCAGAUUCUCAGUGCAGACUGCCUUCUCAYGUAAACUAGACCCUCUCACUUGGUCUUGUAAGCCAAAUUAUKACUCUUAGCUAUCAGAAAUGUGUGUCUUAGCAGUGUGAGUGAAGGAAAUCUCUAGGCCUACCUGACCUGUUUAAUGUGGGUCACAGAACUGUUUACUUCUCGAUGAGCCCAGCUAUUCAAGCUUAGUCCUUUAAAGUGCAGGGAUAGUGUUGAUCUAAUGAAUUUUGUGAAAUGGUAAUUUACCUGUGAAAACGAAGGAGAUAGUCAGUUAAAGGCAUAGAUGUAGGUGGUACCUCAGACUCUGUUGAACCUUUCAUUGAAAUGUUUCUUCCUCAAAGCUCUGUCAUUUCAUGUAAGYGUUAAGGGCGCCAAGGGAUCUGGAAGCUGUAGUACCCCCAUACCUCUCUCCCAUGGCUCCAUUACACCACUGUCACCUCCUUGGAGGUGCUUUAUUUGUUCUUGAAAGCCUGUAGUGGAGUCYGAAUGACUUCUGGAGGAAAUCUAGGACUCUUGGUUUUUCUGAUGUGUGUUUUUUUUGUGUAACCUAUAUUUGCACAGAAGAUAUGGAUGGGCAGCUMAUUUCCUUCAUCUCUGCAAGUCUACUGCUUGAAUACAAUUUCCCAGCUUCUUGUUUCUAGGUUAAACUACUCCUAGAUUGUUAAGGAUCUCUGCUGAUGAGGAUUUCUUUUGUUGACCCACUGUAUCCUGAAAUCAGGUGCUCAAAACUAGAAGUGGCCUUCCAGCAGAGAUCUUCUCAGAGUAGCAUAUAGAAGAAGGAUUUCUGUUUUGUAUGUCCUAAUGUAUUGGUUUUMGUUUUGAGGUUUUUGGCAGCAAAURAUUUUCAGUUUGGUCUGUCGUAACCUUUUUACUUUAACUCUUAYCCAUUUCCUAGUUCAGUCUGUUUCACAGAAUCACUCACAGAAUGGUUGAGGUUAGAAGGGACUUCUGGAGAUUAUCCAGUCUUCCUCAAGCAGAGUCAGCCAGARCAGGCUGCCCAGCACUGUGCCCAGCUUUGAGCAUCUCCUCAGGUGGGAGCUCUACAGCAUCUCUAGGCAACCUGUUCCAAAAAAACUCAAGCCUACAGUCCACUGUACCAUCAAGCACAUGAAAAAUAGUUACAGGGCAAUGGCAGACCCUUUCAGAACCACAUUAAAUAAUCCUUUAAUUAUGACAGUGCAAUUUUAAUAACUAUUUUGUGCACAGUGGGGUUUUUUUUUCUGACAAAGUUAAGUAUGCCAACACUAUAUUCUUUCAUCAGGAUCAGGCAUCAUUGCUUUCAUAAUAACACCUGCCUUUUUUAGAAUUCAACAGCUUUAUUUUUGUAUACGUGCACUGGGUAGAUUUUACAACAUUCUUAUCAAAGCUAGAACCAGCUUCUUAAAAACUGAGGCUCAGAAGGAAACCAUGGAUUAAUUUAUUCUGCCAUAUAUCAGCUGCUAAUCCUGCAAUAUCYGAAUUUGUGUAAUUCUUCUUCCAAGACUUGGCUGAUAUAUAAAAAAAAAGGAUAUGUUUCAAUUUUAAAGAAAAUUUUAAAGGCAUCACUUUUCAGGUAUUUGCCAAGUCUCGUGGAGAACUGAGACACUGAGCUAUGGCUCACUAACCAUUGCAGCUCUGUAAAUAUUUUGGCAUUUUAUUAUUGGCAAUAAUGCAUGUAAGAUGAAAAAUGGRCAAAUUUCUUCUUCACAGAAGACCUUUAAACAUCUUCUUCUAAUUCAUGGAUUAAACAGGGAUUUUAACAAGACUCCAUAUGAAGGGCUAUGGUGCUUGUACCUGGUGCUGGAAGCUGAUGGAGUGGGACCUACUCACCCCAGACACACACAGGGGUAGUUUGUCAACUCAAGCUUCUAUCUGUUGAUAAAAUCCACUAUGUUGGUUGCUGCAGUGCUCAUAUUGGUGACUGUAGCCAGGAAAUUCUUUACUCAGAAGAUGAUGAGCUGCUGGCACAGGUUGCCCAGAGAAGUUGUGGCUGCCCCUGAAGUGGGCAGCCACAGGAAAUGUGUCCUGGAAGUGUUCAGGGUCAGGCUGGAUGGGGCUCUGAGCAACCUGGUCUAGUGGAAGUGUCCCUGCCCAUGGCAGAGGGGUUGGAACUGUGUGAUCUUCAAGGUCCCUUCCAACCCAAAUCAGUCUGUGAUUCUGUGAUUCUGUUGGAUCUUCUCAAGUGCUGGAUUCUGCACCUGGCACAGGGUGACCCUGGAUGUGUGCACAGCCUGGGGAAGGAGAGGCUGGAGAGCAGAAGCUGUGGAAGGGGACCUGGGGGUCCUGGUCCAUGGCCGGUUGAACAGGAGUCAGCAGUGCCCUGGCAGCCAGGAGGGACAUCCCUGUCCUGGGGACAUCAGGGACAGCAUGGCCAGCCAGGCAAGGGAGGGGAUUGUCCCACUCUGAUCUGGGCUGGGGCAGCCUCACCUCCUGUCCUGGGGACAGUUCUGGCACCACAAGAAUGAAGAGUGUUCAAAGGAGGCCACGUGGAGGGAUAGGAGGGGAAGCCUUGUGACAGAUGGCUGAGGUCACUUGGUCUGCUCAGCCUGGGGAAGAGGAGAUUGAGGUCUUCAAUGUCCUCAGGAGGGGAAGCAGAGGGGCAGGUACCAAUCUCCUCACUCUGGUGCCCAGGAUCUGAGGGAAUGACACGAAGCUUGAGUCAGGGGAGGUUUAGGUUGGAUAUCAGGAAAAUGUUUUUCACCCAGAGGGUGGCUGAGCACUGGAACAGGGUCCCCAGGGCAGUGGUCACAGCUGACCCAGAGAGUUCAAGAAGUGUUUGGACAAUGCUCUCAGGCACAUGGUGUGAUUCUUGGGGUGUCCUGCCUAGAGCCAGGAGUUGGACUUGAUGAUCCUGAUGGGUCCCUUUAAAUCCAGCAUAUGUUAUUAUUAAGAUCAGGAGGAAUCCUGCUGCUGCUGCUUCCCUUACCUAUCAGGCUGUUAGUUCCCAAUAUUUAUUUUACACUUAAUAAAACACUAAUGCUUUGGAUGUGGUUGAUGGAAAAACUUGAUUUUGAUCUGCCUGUGUUCAUCCCUGCACAUCACCAUCUUUCUCUCCUGAUACUUUUGAGCAAGAGGGAGAAUUGGAUGAUUGUGGCAAUCAGAAACUUGCUGYUAUGAGAAGAUGGGGCUGGCCUUGCCUCUGAAGUCUGCUACUAAUGUUUGCAUCUUUUCCUGCUGGAAUGUACUGGAGAACCUGAGCACAAUUCUGAUGUGGUGCUAACUUUAGGAAGCACACGAAUCUGGUGCUAACUUUAGGACUGAUCUGGUGCUAACUUUAGGAGACACACUGAUCUGGCUGAUGUUAAUUGAUUUAAGGAAACAUCUCCUUGCAUGGUUUCUGUCCAGCUACAGUUAUGUUCAUGUUGCCUAGACCGAGGAUGUUCUUGCAAUGCUGCUUGGGUCYUCUUUAUGAAGGCAGAAUGAACUUGGAAGUGUUUUUAAAAAUCGCUGAACAUYGUUUUAGAAAGAAAAAGAAGUCUUCCCCCAGGAAUGGCAGAAAUCUGUCUGAGUCCCUCUCCAGUGCCAAGGAUGUUGAUUUUUUUUGUUAAUUUUAUUUUUUUUAUAUUUCCUU